CAUCCAUUAUCCAUUAGUGUAACUAUAUCUAAUGUACGUAUUUUGUUUUUGAAACAUUUUAAGGUGGUAACUUCUCUCAAGUCUGGAGAUAAUUUUCCCCAGCGAUUGGGCCCCAAGUGGCGGAGGGAGUGCUUGCCAUAUGUUACCGUGUUGUACCUGGCAGCCGAGAAAUCAGACUGCCUUAAGUUAUACUUAGAUCUAUGUUCAAUAAAAAUGUCACUGAUAUAGGGGGGACAUAGAUUGUUCUUGGCUUUAUACAUUUUAAAAAACACAAAUGUCUUGUAGUCUCCUGUUCUGUAAACUUGGCAGUUCUGCUCUUUUUAGAAGUUCAGGGUAGCUAAUAUUG